AUGCUGAGAAGCAAACACCAGGGUCUCAUCAGGCCCUGCUUCAAAGUCAUUGUUCAGUUCCUAACUGUGACGAUAAAGCAUGGUUACAUGGGUGAAUUUGAAAUCACAGAUGACCACCGAGCUGGGAAAAUCGUCGUGAACCUCACAGGCAUUUUGAACAAGUGUGGAGUGAUAAGCCCUAGAUUUGAUGUGCAACUCAAAGACCUAGAAAAAUGCCAGAACAAGAACAAUCUGUUCCCACCCCGUCAGUUUGGCUUCAUCGUACUGACCUCAGCCUUCAUAGACCUUCAUAGACCAUAA